AGAACAUUCCAUUGUGCCAAGCCGCAUACAAAUCUCAACUUGCAAAAUCCACGGAGCGACGAUGAUGAUGGACGAGUACAUCAUCGGGCGACUGCUCUACGAGGAGCCGCAUGGAGCGGUGCAUAAGGUCCUCCAUCGUCCGCAAGGAAGGUUCUUCUCCAUGAGGGUCCUCGACAAGGAGCGCAUGAGCUUCGAGGACGAGAUCGACAUGCAGAACGAGCUCGAGGUGCUCAAGGUCCUGCACCAUCCGCACAUCCUCAACGUCCACGCCAUCUUCGCCGAGGGCAGCCAGCUCUACAUCGUCUGCGACCUCGUCGAAGGCGGCGAUGUCUUUGAUCGGCUUGUCGCCAAGGAGAGCUAUUCGGAGCGCGAAGCCCGCGACUUGAUCAAGACGCUGCUGGAAACCAUCGCGUACUGUCAUGACCAAGGCGUGGUGCAUCGCAACCUCAAGCCCGAGAGCAUCAAGCUCACGAGCGUCCACGACAACACGAACAUCAAGCUCACCGACUUUAGCUUUGCCGCAUCGGCGCACGAAGAGCACACGAGCAUCUGCGGGGCGCCUGACUACGUCGCGCCCGAGAUCCUCGCCAACGGCUCUUCGCACUCUCCUUACGGCGCACCCGUCGAUGUGUGGGCCAUUGGCGUCGUGACGUACGUGCUUCUCUCAGGCUUCCUACCGUUCUACGGCGACGACCAAGACGCGAUCUUUGCGAGCAUCACCGCCGGGCAGUUUGAGUUUGACGGCAGCGACUGGGCCUCUAUCUCGGCGAUGGCCAAGGACUGCAUCACGCAAAUGCUCAUUCACGAUCCAAAGCAGCGCCCGACGGCCCGCGAGCUUCUUUCCCAUCCCUGGAUGACAAGCACUCAGGUCGCGUCCAAGCCCCUACGCGGUGCCCAGGAAGAGCUUCGCCGCCUCAAUCUGCAGCGGAAAUUCCGCGCUGCCGUGUUGACCGUCACGGCCACGGUCGCCCUCCAACGCGCGUUCUGCGCGGCUCCCGUCGCUCCAGUGCGACCUACGCUGCGGCGGCAGGGCUCUGUCGCUGUCCCGUAUGUGGUCGAGCCCGAGUGUGCGAGUGCUGCCCUCCUCAAGAACUACGCCAUCAGCCCCAAUGUGCUCAGCGAGGGCAAGGCGCUGGUCGUCCGCGAGGCCGUCGAAGUCGCGACCGGCGAUCGCUACGCCGUCAAGUUUUAUGAGAAAGACCUCAUGACGUUCGAGGACGAGAUCGACUUGAACCGCCAAGUGUCGGUGCUGCAGAGCAUCGCGCACAAGAACGUCGAGCGUCUCCAUCACUUCUACGCUGAGAGCGACCACUACUGCCUCGUCACCGACCUCCCAGCGGGUGGCGACCUCUUUGAGCGCAUCGUCGCCAAGGACAAUGGGUACUCGGAACGUGACGCGCGCGCGUUGCUGCGAGAGCUCUUGAGCGGCGUCGCCCACCUCCAUGCGAAAGGUGUAGUCCACCGCAACAUCAAGCCCGAAAGCAUCUUUUUGCGGUCGCCAGACGACGAUAUCGCCAUGGUACUGACCAACUUUGGCCUCGCGACGCACGACGAUGGGCGAUUGACAUGCGUCUGCGGCUCGUUGGACUACACGGCCCCCGAGGUCCUUGCCAACCGCCGACGCGCCACGCCCUACGGACCCCCCGUCGACAUUUGGUCCAUUGGCGUCCUCACGUACGUUCUCUUGAGCGGGUACCUUCCGUUCUAUGGCAACGACCCGCCGAGUCUCGAAGCCUCCAUCUCGCGCGGGACCUUUGUGUUUGACUCGCCGUACUGGGACGGAGUCACGGACGACGCCAAACGCAUCAUUUCGGCCAUGCUCGUCGCCGACCCUGCCCACCGGGCCACGGCAGCGCAACUGCUCCAACACCCAUGGUUCCACGCCGACCACGUUGCCGCGACGCCGUUGACAGCGGCCAAGGACGAGCUGCGCCGCGUUCUGCUCAAGCGCAAGUUCCGCUGCGUCGUGCGGACGGUCAAGGCCGCAAUGACGCUCGCGCGUCUCGCCAAAGCGUCAUCGUCGACGACGACGACGAGCGCCAGCUUCCACGCCAAGUACGUCCUCCAUGAGCGCAUCGGCCAUGACGGCGUGGGCGUCCUCCACCGCGCUGCAACGAUCGAGUCGUCGUCGCCCGUCCACGUCGUUCAUUACGAUACAAGUCGCCUCUCGGCCGAUGCUAUCGCGGGUGUCACGCGCGAAGUCGAAUUGCUUCGGCGCCUCGACCACCCGCACACGAUCAAGGUGCUCGACUACUUCGACGCCGAGCCCGACGGCCUCUACCUCGUGCUCACGGCGGCGACCGGUGACCAGCUCUUUGACCGCAUCGUCGACAAGGACUGCUACUCGGAGGCAGAAGCGCGCGCGCUGGUCAAGGUGCUGUUGCAUGCUGUUCAGCACUGCCACCAAGCGGGCGUUGUGCACUCGAAUCUCAAGCCCGAAACAAUUGUGCUCACCAAACCCGACGACGAUACGUGGCUUGUGCUCACUCGGUUUGGCCGGCCGCACGGCCGCGCCCUCGAGUACGUGGCACCCGAGUCUCUCUUGCGCGUCAUGCAACGCGACGGCGACGGCAAGUGCUUUGAGGAGGCGCCGGUCGACAUUUGGAGCAUCGGCAUCGUUGCCUACGUCUUGCUCUGUGGCUACCUCCCCUUUCACGGCGCCAACCAGUUUCACCUCUUCAAGGCCAUCAAACGCGGCAAGGUUCUCUUCGACGCGCCGUACUGGAGCGCCGUCUCGAUGGACGCUAUGACCUUCAUUUCCGCCGCACUCGUCGUCGAUCCUGCCAGGCGGGCAACCAUCGACGACUUGCUGGCGCACCCGUGGAUGUGUGUACCGCAGGUGCCAACGACGUCGCUCGACAUUGGCUCGGAGCUGCGCCGGCUCCAAGCUCGUCGCAAGCUCAAAGGCGUCAUGUCGGCGGUCAAGACGUCGGUCGUGCUCGGCCGGCUCUUCAGCUCCAAGCCCGUGGCGUCUGCAUAAGAGAGCAACGACUCGAAACAAACAUCGCAAUAGCAUUGGUCAUAUCCAGUCGUCGUCGCCAGUCGAGAGACGGGGCAUGUCGUCGACCGGCUUUGUCACGGUGGGCACCUCGGCCGGCGGCGGCACCGUCUGGAUGAACGAUUGGAAUACGUCGUUUUCGC